CAAAAUGAGGCCUUUCUUUCUCUAUCUGGGUGUUUUGCAGAGGUGUCUGGAACAUUCCUUUCAUGGCUCAUAUAUACCUUGUCAAGGGCAGCACCUUGAGGCAUGAAAUGAAAGAGAGAAACUACUUUGUUCUGGAGAAACUGGACCCUGAUAUGUCUUUGUGUAGGAAUGCCAGAGAAUUGACCAGUCACAGAGAAAAAGACUCCCCUUCUCCGGAAUCAUUCCAUAUGCUCAGGCCCCCAAAGGGAGUCUUCAUGUACAUAACAAACCUGCAUGAAUUUGGGAGGCUAAUUUCCACAGCCAAUUAUAACAUUUCUCAUUAUAACAGUGACUUGUGGCAGAUAUUUGAGAACCCUGUGGACUGGAAGGAGAAGUAUAUCCACCAGAACUACACUCACAUUUUCACAGAGAACUACUUAGAGGAGCCUUGUCCAGAUGUAUUCUGGUUCCCGGUGUUCACAGAGAAGGCCUGUGAUGAAAUCGUUGAGGAGAUGGAGCACUAUGGUUCUUGGUCUGGAGGCAAACACGAGGACAGCCGUAUCGCCGGUGGCUAUGAGACUGUACCCACAGAUGACAUUCACAUGAAACAAAUUGGCUUUGAUAAAGAGUGGCUGCACUUCAUCCGAGAGUUCAUAUCGCCUGUCACUUUAAAAGUUUUCUCUGGCUACUACACCAAGGGUUACGCUAUAAUGAACUUUGUAGUCAAAUACACACCUGACAGACAAGCCUACCUGAAGCCCCACCACGACUCCUCCACCUUCACCAUCAACAUUGCCCUCAAUAACAAAGAAACAGACUUUCAGGGGGGAGGAUGCCGUUUCCACAGAUAUAACUGUUCUAUCGAAUCACCAAGAAAAGGCUGGAGCUUCAUGCACCCAGGGCGACUGACUCAUCUCCACGAAGGCCUGCCCACUACCAAUGGCACCCGCUACAUAGCAGUGUCCUUUAUUGACCCUUGAUCGAUUUGACUUUAGCCUUCUGACCAAGAUGUCCUUCUUUCUCAUUUCAUUUCGUCAUUCGAUGUUUUGUGCCUUUUCUUUUACAUUUUUUUAAAGCAAUUGAUAAUUGCAUUAUAAAGCUCUCUGUUAAACAGAGUGAAACGUGACAAAAGUAAUUCAUACUUUCUAGUGGAAAAACAAAUGGUGCUGGCCAGUCAGAAUGAGUAUUGAAAACUGGUAUUCAGUCAGAACCUAAACAUGGAUAAGCAUCUUGAUAAACAGGGCUUCUACCGACACUUUGCUGAUAUAACAGGGGGACAAAACCUUUUUCAGUGUUGCUGCUUAUUCUGGAUUUGGUGUGACAUACGGUCAUUUUUUUUUCUACAUGAGCUAAGCUACUAUACUCUUUCACUACAGAAAGCAUUUUCUGAAGUAAGUUUACAAUAAAACAGUUUAAAUGUCAAUGCAGUUUAGGCUUCAUAAAGUAAAAGCUUUAUUUUGAAAUGCAAGAGUCGGACUAGCCUUAGCAGAUGCUAGCUAACGCUAAUUAACAUUUCCUUAAAAACAGAUGCAACAUUUUGCAUGCGCUGAACAAAAGUUUGUUUCACACCAUUAUGCCUUAUUGGAGGAGGUUUCACAUUGUCGUUUGCUGGUUCUGUUUAGGGUUUAAUGAAACGCGUUCAUUUUUUUAUGCUAUGACCAG